AUGGCUGCCAAAUGGGACCCAAACUACCGACACGCCGACUGGUCCUUCUAUCGCUACGAACCCCUCAACAGCCAUUAUACUAUUCAACAUCACAACGAUUAUCCAUGCGGAGUUUCUGAAAUAGCGGGAUACAUUGGCCGUGCGAUCAACUCGACUGAGGACCAUGGCUGUUGGAAGCUGGGCCCCUACGUCGUUCAAAGCGUGUUGCUUCUUAUUGCACCAGUAUUGAUGGCGGCUUCUAUAUACAUGAUAUUGAGUCGUGUCAUCCUCCUCACGGAAGGGGAGGUACAUGCCGUAAUCAAGAGGCGAUGGUUGACUAAAGUCUUCGUGAUUGGGGAUAUCGUAUCACUACAGCUCCAGUCUGCAGGCGGAAGUAUGAUGUUGGGAGCAAACGAAGGCAACAACCUCAUGAAAAUUGGUGAAUAUGUCAUCAUCGGCGGAUUGUUCUUCCAGCUUACCAUCUUCGGUAUCUUUAUCGUCGUCGCCAGUAUCUUCCAUCUUCGGAUGAGCCGGUCGCCUACCAACAAGAGCCUAGAGCCCUCGAUUAGGUGGCGUCAUUACCUCGCUACCAUCUACGUCACAAGCGGCUUCAUUUGGGUUAGGAGUUUGUUCCGGGUCAUUGAGUACCUCGAUGGUAACGACGGAUAUCUCAUGAGGACUGAGGCCUUCCUCAAAUUAGAGAACCUAGAGGCCUUCCUCUUCGUCUUCGAUGCUACUCUGAUCUGGAUUGUCAUGGUUUGGAUGAACUGGUAUCACCCCAGCGAGAUUGGACUGCUUCUCCGGAAUGAGUUACCGGUGACGAACGGUUUCGAGCUACUUCCGUUUCGUCGGCGAUUUGAGAAGCUCCGAGCUUGA